GUCGCUGAUCACAUGAGCGAUGAGUCCUCUUCCUUCUUUUCAUAUGAGUCCUCUUCCUUCUUUCCACCUCUGACUCGGAAUCUUCGAUUCCCAGGUGACUCUAUUACGCAUACGAAAGGAGAAUUGAAAACGUCCAGAAUUUGGCCAUGAGUGACUCAAGCUUCCCCAAGACAGCACAGAACUCUGUCAAUAGACAUCGAGAACGAGGCCAUUAUGACGAGGAUACAAUCCACUCUAUCAUCAACGCCACGCCCGUCGCCCACGUCAGCUUCGUGCCCGACCCGUCGAACCCCGUGCCGGUGAUCCUCCCCAUGAUCGCCCGCAUCGGCAAGUUCAGGGACGAUGAUGCCCCGUGCUGCUACGUACACGGCUACGUCUCGGCACGCAUGUUUAGGCUGCCAGACCAACCCGGCGGCGGAGGCGGAGGGGGGGGCGAGGGCGUGCCAGUGUGCAUCGCCGCGACGCAGGUGGUCAACUUCGUCCUGGCGCUGACGCCCUUCAACCACAGCUACGACUACCGCUCGGCCGUGGUGCACGGGCACGCCGAGCUGCUGGACCCCGUGGCAGACCGCGACGAGAACCUGUGGGCCAUGGAGCUCAUCACCGACGGCAUCGUGCCGCGGCGGUGGGAGAACACGCGCAUCCCGCCCGACGACACCGAGAUAGCGUCCACGCGCAUCCUCAGGGUCCGCAUCGACGGCGCGAGCGCAAAGAUUCGCGACUCGGGCGUCAAGGACGACAGGAAGGACAUGAAGAACACCGAGGUCAGGGAGAGGGUCUGGACGGGUGUCAUCCCAUACCACGAGACUCUGGGGACACCGGUGCCCGACGAGAAGAAUCUCGUCAAGGAGGUUCCCGGGUAUAUAACCGACUACAUCCGGGAGCACAAUCAGCGUUCGCGGAGGGGCGCUGAGAAUAACGAAGGAGGUAUUGUGCGCCGGGUUAUUGGUUCGUUGCUAGGUUCUUGAGCUAUUGUGAUAAAUUAUCUCAUCACAGACAGUGCAUUUACAUGAUUUGUUCGCCUCUCCGUGUGAUUCGGGAAGUUCCUAUAGAGGCACCCACUUGUAAGCCUGGGUUGCAGGUUAUCUGAUUCUCCACUCGGCCAUCGCGGGUGCAAGGUUGGUG